AUGACGAGAAUAUUUUUACUUUUGGUAUUGCCUAUUUUUGCGCACUGCUUUUCUUUUUCAUUUUUUGAACGAGCUGAUUCAGCUCACAGUUCAUCUUUGCAAGUAGACGAUUUACUAUCGGAACUUGAUUCGGAUGAUUUUUUUUUAAAGGGGGAAAAAUAUACCCAGGAUGUUGGGCUUAUCGUUUCAACUCUAGUUAACUCGUCCAACGCCCUUUUGGCAUCAUUAAGCACACCAUCAUCUGUUGCAUGUGUCACGUCACUCGUUGAUUCGCUUUAUCCUCGUUGCUGGGAUGACAGAAAUACUCAGCAAAAUUUACUUGAUGAGGAGCGUCGUUAUUAUGCCAUAUCACUUUCUAUAUGCCAAUGGAGGGUGUCUUAUGUUCCAUAUCCAGAACAAUGUCUUAUAUAUGAUCCUGUGAAGGUCAGCAAUGAUAUACAAAAUGAACAACAUGUGCAAAAAUGUUUAAAUGCUUUGCAAGAAUCUGUGACGUUAUGGACUACAUACAAUGGCUAUUAUCAAGCUAUUGGCACGAUUUGCACCGAAGUUGCACCUGAAAUUAGACUUAAAAAGCUUUUAAAAACAUACAGCAAAAUUACAACUGUUCAACAUAAAAUGGCAGGAGAGCUAUUGUCUCUUGUUUCUAAGCUUCAUUUAGACUCAGAAAAUAUCAGAGAAACUGUUUUGCAAACGGUAAAACAAUCCAAAGAUGCAGUCAAAUCAGCUAUCGAAUCAGUUUUACAUCAAGAGCUAGGGAAACACAUGGAAAUAUUAAAACAGGCACAAACUAGCCACGCAUAUUCACUAAAGACUGCCGAACAAGAACACGCAGAUUCAUUGCGAGCUGUACGCGAAUACCACGCAGAAGAUAUGGAACAGUUUGCAAAAGUGCUCGGAGCACAAAUGGACCAAAUGCAAGCGCAAUACGCUCAGGCUAUUCAAUUGAUGCACGAUUCGACUGCUAGCUCUGUUGAAGGUAUUGUUCAGCUGCUGGCCAGUGUGGAAUUACAGUCUGCGAGUGUUGUUGGAAAUUUGGAUGCACUGGUACAAGGUCAACAAGACAUGAUUGUACAACAACGUGAACUUUUGCGAGAACAAAGCCAGACAUUAGGGAAGCAGAAAAUGCUGGCUCAGGGGAUCCGCAAGUCAGUAGCCACGGUAGAAACAGAUUUAAUGCCACAGUUUCAAGGCCUUGUGGAAAAGGUUGCCAAUGUGACGGAAAAACUUGAGUCUGUGUCAAUUGAGGGCACGUUGCAUUCAUAUAUUAGGGAGACAGCGCAAACAAUGACCAUGUGGGCGAUUUAUGGUGGAAUUGGAGUGCUUACUGUUUGGACGUUACUUGUAAUGAUUAGCAUUGGCAAUGUAGUUGGAGUACAAAAAUCUACUGCAGCAUGGAAAGAUUUUGUCAAUGUUGGAUGCUUAUAUUUUCGACCAAUUUCUAUUUUGGUUUAUCCUAUUGCAGUAAUUACUGGCUUGUUUCUUGGGGGCACUUUUAUGCGCAAAAGAUUACAAGAACGAGAGCUACAAAGAAUGCUAGAUUUACCUUGGGAACUUCCCGAUUUUGAGGAUUACUCUGAUGACGAGUCACUAUAUUAA